AUGGCUGCCCCGCUGACCAUGUGGGACGGGGUUCUGGAGAUAACCCAGAUGGCGCAAGCUAAGGUCGGCGAUCCUCUGCUCUGGGCUCUGCAAAUAUCGUCCAAUCUGAGCUCGCAUGGCAUCUCUUUGCCUUCCCCUGAGCUCGCGAGUGUAUUGGUUUCUUACAUUUGCUGGGACAACAAUGUUCCCAUUCUGUGGAAGUUCCUCGAGAAGGCUUUGGUUCUCAAGAUUGUCCCUCCAUUCUUGAUUCUCGCUCUGCUCUCCGAUAGGGUUAUUCCAUGCCGACGUUCAAAGCCGGUGGCAUAUAGACUAUACAUGGAGCUCCUGAGAAGGCAUGCCUUUGAGCUGAAGGGUCAAAUAAAUGGCUCAAAUCAUGAAAAGGUCAUGAAAUCGAUCGAUGGAGUUCUUCACCUUUCUGAGAUUUUUGGUCUAGAAGCAAAUGAUCCAGGGAUCCUUCUGGUUGAAUUCCUCUAUGCAGUUGUGUGUCAGUUGCUAGAUGCGUCGUUGGAUGAUGAAGGGUUGCUCGAACUUACAUCAGAUAAAAAGUCCAUAUGGCGAAUAAAGCCUCAAGAUAUGGAAAUUGAUGGUCAUGAAAUUUUUGAUGAGAUAAGAAUGGAACACAAUGAGAAGUUGCAUAACUUGAAUACAGUAAUGGCAGUUGAGUUGAUCGGGAGAUUUCUUCAGGACAAGAGGACUUCGAAGAUUCUUUACCUGGCAUGUCACAACUUGCCCACAUAUUGGCCAAGGUUUAUUGAGAGAUUGCAGAUACUUGGAGAAAAUUCAUCAGCUCUAAGGAGUUCAAGGGUUUUAACUUGUGAGGAUCUUCUGCGUCUGGCUGCAAACAAGUGCACAAUUAUCACUCAAGAACCGAAAAAGAAUUUGCUGCAGAAGUUCCAUGCUGUUACUGGUUUUGAGUCUCCUCUAGUGACAUCCUCUGCUGUUCUGUGCGAUGGAGGCGGCAGUAUUUCAUCUCUUUGGCUUCCUCUUGAUCUUGCAUUGGAAGAUGCCAUGGAUGGUUAUCAAGUUAACGCUACAAGUUCUAUCGAGAUUGUAACAGGUUUGGUGAAAUCGCUUCAAGCUAUGAAUGGCACCACAUGGCAUGAUACCUUUGUAGGACUUUGGAUUGCUGCUCUCCGUCUUGUUCAGAGGGAAAGAGAUCCAAUUGAAGGCCCCGUCCCUCGCUUGGAUACUCGUAUGUGCAUGCUUCUAUCCAUUAUACCUCUUGUGGUUGCUGAACUCAUUGAGGAAGAGGAAAGAGUGGAUAUCAAUGAACUAAAAAAUGACUCCUCAAAGGUUCCAGGAAGCCGUCGCUAUGAUGUGGUCUCCAGCAUACAGUUAUUGGGGGACUACCACAGUCUGCUGAGUCCACCUCAUUCAGUUGUAUCAUUGGCCAAUCAGGCUGCUGCAAAGGCUAUGUUACUCGUUUCAGGCAUCAAUGUUGGGAGUGCAUACCUUGAUUGUCUCAGCAUGAACGAGAUGCCAGUCAAUUGUUCUGGGAACAUGCGCCAUUUGAUUGUUGAGGCUUGUAUAGCAAGAAAUCUUUUGGAUACGUCAGCAUAUUUUUGGCCCGGGUAUGUGAAUGGUCACAUUAACCAAAUACCUAAUGUCCCACCUCAGAUGCCUGGUUGGUCUGCAUUCGUGAAGGGUGCCCCUCUCACUCCAAUCAUGAUCAAUGCGAUGGUUUCAACACCAGCUUCAAGUUUAGCAGAGCUCGAGAAAGUAUUUGAUCUAGCAGCUAAAGGAUCAGAUGAUGAGAAGAUAUCAGCUGCUACAAUUCUCUGUGGUGCUUCUCUUCUCCGUGGUUGGAACAUACAGGAACACACGGCUCAGUUCAUUACCAGAUUACUCUCUCCCCCAGUUCCUGCAGAUUAUUCAGGGGAUGAAAGCCAUUUAAUAGGCAUUGCUCCUGUCUUGAAUGUACUGAUUGUUGGCAUAGCACCAGUUGAUUGUGUUCAGGUUUUCUCACUACAUGGCUUGAUUCCACAGCUGGCUUGCUCGUUGCUUCCAAUCUGCGAGGUUUUUGGAUCUUGUGUUCCAGAUGUGUCAUGGAAGCUCCCCGUUGGAGAUGAAAUCUCUGCCCAUGCUGUGUUCUCAAAUGCAUUUGCUGUCCUUUUGAAGCUAUGGAGAUUCAACCACCCUCCUCUCGAACAUGGCGUUGGAGAUGUCCCAACAGUCGGAUCCCAGCUAACUCCUGAAUAUCUUCUUCUGGUAAGAAACUCCUACCUGCCCUCUUCUGGAAUUGUCCUCAACGAUCAAACCAAACGGAGACUUUCAGAGGUUGCGACUUCAUCGUCUCCACACCCAGUAUUUUUGGAUUCGUUUCCAAAACUCAAGUGCUGGUAUAGGCAACACCAGAAGUGCAUAGCUUCAGCCCUCUCUGGUCUUGUUGAUGGAACUCCAGUUUACCAGACUGUGAAUCUCCUUCUUACCAUGAUGUUCAGAAAGAUGAACAGAGGUAGCCAAUCGGUGACUACUAUUACCUCUGGAAGUAGUAGUUCAUCUGGACCAGGAAAUGAUGAUUCUUCUCUUAAACCUAAAUUACCUGCCUGGGAAAUUUUAGAAGCUGUCCCUUUUGUGGUUGAUGCUGCUUUAACAGCUUGUGCUCAUGGAAGACUUUAUCCUCGUGAACUUGCCACAGGGUUGAAGAACUUGGCAGAUUUUCUCCCUGCAUGUUUGGCAACCAUUGUUAGUUACUUCUCAGCUGAAGUUAGUCGAGGUGUUUGGAAACCGGCAUCCAUGAAUGGGACAGAUUGGCCAAGUCCUGCAGCAAAUUUGUCCAAUGUUGAAGACAAGAUCAAGAAAAUAUUAGCAGCUACUGGGGUCGAUAUUCCUAGUCUUGCUGCAGGAGGAAGCUCACCCGCAGCAACUCUUCCUCUGCCUCUAGCAGCUUUUGCCAGCCUCACCAUCACUUACAAAAUCGACAAAACCUCAGAAAGAUUCCUCAAUUUGGCUGGUCCAGCACUGGAAUCUCUUGCAGCAGGUUGUCCAUGGCCAUGCAUGCCAAUUGUGGCUUCCUUAUGGACCCAGAAAGCCAAACGAUGGUUUGAUUUUCUUGUGUUCUCGGCAUCACGAACGGUCUUCCUCCAUAGCAACGAUGCCGUUUUUCAGCUCCUAAAAAGCUGCUUUACUGCUACGCUCUGUGGCGCAUCCAUCUCAAGCAAUGGCGGAGUCGGAGCACUUCUUGGUCAUGGCUUUGGCUCUCAUUUCUUUGGUGGCAUAUCCCCAGUAGCUCCAGGAAUCCUCUACUUGAGAGUCUACCAGUCGAUCAGAGACAUCGAGUUCAUCACAGAAGAGAUCAUCUCUCUCAUGAUGCAGUCCGUGACACAAGUUGCAUGCACCGGGCUUCCAAAAGAGAGAUUAGGGAGGCUGAAGAGGACCAAAAAUGGACUCGAAUGUGGCCAAGUGUCACUUGCUGCAGCAAUGACAAGAGUCAAACUCGCGGCUUCACUUGGAGCUUCUCUAGUUUGCUUAUCUGGUGGGCUAGGGUUGGUUCAACUGCUGUUCAAAGAGACAUUGCCCUCUUGGUUUAUCUCUAGUCAUCGCUCCGAGCUGGGAGAAGAAGAUGGCAGCAGCCUUGGAGGGAUGGUUGCUAUGCUGAGAGGGUAUGCACUAGCAUAUUUCGCGGUGCUCUGUGGAGCUUUUGCUUGGGGGAUAGACAACUCAUAUUCGGCUUCCAAGAGGCGCCCUAAAGUCCUGAGGGCUCACAUGGAGUUUCUGGCUAGUGCCCUUGAUGGCAAAAUCUCUCUUGGUUGUGACAGUGCAACUUGGAAGUCGUAUGUGUCGGGAUUCGUGAGCCUGAUGGUGGGCUGCACACCUCCAUGGGUGCUUGACCUGGAACCCGAUGUUCUAAAGCGACUUAGCAAUGGGUUGAGACAGUGGAAUGAAGAGGAACUUGCUCUAGCUUUGCUUGGUACUGGUGGGCUGGACACCAUGGGCGCUGCUGCUGAAUUGAUUAUUGAAAUGCAAUGA